AGGAUGAGCCUGAGACCUCUACCAGUGAUCCCCAUAGGUCUUUAGACCCCCCUUUUUUAGACGAUGAUGACCUCCUAGCUGAGGAUUUGGAGCAGCCGGACGCCUCGACCAGUGGUACGUCCAUUCAUUUAGCUGAUGACAGCACUCGAGGUGUUGUUCCAUUGUCUGUCCUACCAUCUGGCCAGGACCGUUCCCUGGAGAUGAGGACAGCUCCCGCCAACGCUCCCCCGAAAGGGGAAGAGCUGGCACAUCCUUCCUCUGCUGAGCUUGGGAGCUCGGCUGAGCACAUAGCUACUCUCCAACCUCACUCUCUCGGUGAGCACCCGACUAGGGUGUUCAAGUACACUUCCGGGUUCAACCCGAAGACGGAGACGCCUUUCGUCCCCGUGUGGUGCCGCCUCCCCAGCCUUUCACCACACCUUUAUCACCGGGAUUCCAUCACCACACUUGCAAAGUGUGUCGGAAAAUUGGUCUGCAUUGAUGGCCCGACAGCCCUCCAGUCGAGGGCUAAUGUGGCACGGUUCUGUGUUGUGAUAGAUCUCAGGGUUGAGACCGUCCACGAGAUUAAGAUUGAGCAGGGUUCGGAGACCUUUUCUCAGCGGGUAAACUACAAGAAGAUCCCCGCUUUCUGUUCAUCGUGCUGCCAUGUGGGUCAUAUAGCGGCUGAUUCCUACAUAAGUGGCAAUAAGCCACGACCCACUCUGCCUCAGCGCCACCGUGUGUCUCAGCUGGGACCCUCUAACCGCCGGAGGGAUCCGAAGGGAAAGGGCAAAGGCCCUAUCCAUGCGCCCGGGUCCCCAAAAGGGGCCAAGGACAAGGGCAAAGCUGUGAUGGUCGUCACUGCCCAAACUGGGAAGGAUGCUCAUCCUAACCAGCCUAAGCAGUUGGCUUCUAUUGUUCCCAAGGCCAAGACCUCGGGCUUCAUUCCCAGAGACACCCUUCAGUCGGCCUUUAAGGCCAAUCACUCGUUCUUUGUUUUCCUCUCCACUGAGGCAGAGGAUGAGACUGAGCCCUCUACCAGUGAUCCCCAUAG